UGUCGGAGUUCCUGUUGUAACAUUGCGUCCUCUGUACAGUCAGCUACCACCAUGCGUUUCAUCAUAUUUUUUGCCUCUCUGGCCCUUCUGGGCUCCGCUUUCGCGGUGCCGAGGAGCGCAAGCCGCAUAGUCGGUGGUUCGGCGACUGACAUCUCGUCCUACCCCUUCAUGUCAAACAUGCAAUACCACUGGUGGGGCAUCUGGUGGAUGCAGAGUUGCGGAGGAUCCCUCCUGACUAGCACUGCCGUGCUCUCCGCUGCGCACUGCUUCUAUGGUGACCGCGUCUCGGAAUGGCGUGUACUUCUCGGCAGCUCUCUGUCCAAUAGCGGCAGCCUUCACCUUAUCAACAGCAUUACUCUCCACCCGCAGUACAACCAUAGUUCUCUAAACUUUGACGUGGCCAUCGUGCACCUGAGCAAUCCGGCUAUAUACUCCAACAACGUGCAGCCCGGUAGCAUCGCUGGAUCUAACUACCACGUCGCCGACGGCACCUCGGUCACUCAUGUCGGAUGGGGAGCUCUUUGGUACGACGGACCAGCAUCCAACCAGCUCAUGCAUGUUGACAUCAACGUCAUCAACCAACAACUGUGUGCUGAGCGUUACGCUUACCUUAAGACGCAGCCACGGUACGAAAACUGGCCCGACAUUACCGACAACAUGAUGUGCGCUGGUAUCUUGAACGUCGGCGGUAAGGACGCUUGUUCGGGCGACUCCGGCGGACCCCUCCUCCACAACAAUGUGAUCGUAGGAAUCACUUCUUGGGGAUAUGAGUGCGCAGAUCCCUUCUACCCUGGUGUCAGCGCUCGCGUGUCAUAUUUCACAAACUGGAUCACUGCUAAUGCUUAGGUUAUUUCAAAUUAUGUAAAUAAAAUGUAAUUAAUAUUACCUACUCACUGAAAUAAAAAGUAUUGUACAUUAA